AUGGGAUGUACUCUUAGCGCAGAGGAGAGGGCGGCUCUGGACCGGAGCAAAGCCAUCGAAAAAAACCUCAAGGAAGACGGUCUCACCGCGGCCAAAGAUGUUAAACUGCUGCUGCUCGGGGCUGGAGAGUCAGGCAAAAGCACCAUCGUCAAACAGAUGAAGAUCAUCCAUGAGGACGGUUUCUCUGGUGACGACGUAAAGCAGUACAAGCCUGUUGUUUACAGCAACACCAUCCAAUCUCUGGCGGCCAUUGUCCGUGCCAUGGAUACACUCGGCCUUGAGUAUGGAGACAAAGAUCGCAAGGCGGAUGCUAAAAUGGUGUGUGAUGUCGUCAGUCGUAUGGAAGACACAGAGCCUUACUCCGCCGAACUGCUCUCCGCAAUGAUGCGUCUGUGGUCCGACUCUGGCAUCCAGGAGUGCUUCAGCCGCGCCCGAGAGUACCAGCUCAACGAUUCAGCACAAUACUACCUAGACAGCCUAGAUAGGAUUGGUGCAGCAGACUACCAGCCAACAGAGCAAGACAUCCUGAGGACCCGAGUGAAGACUACGGGCAUUGUCGAGACACACUUUACCUUCAAAAACCUUCAUUUCAGGCUGUUUGACGUGGGAGGUCAGAGGUCGGAGAGGAAGAAGUGGAUCCACUGUUUUGAGGAUGUCACAGCCAUCAUUUUCUGUGUGGCGCUCAGCGGAUAUGACCAGGUGCUGCAUGAGGACGAGACCACGAACCGCAUGCAUGAGUCUCUGAAGCUCUUUGAUUCCAUCUGUAACAACAAGUGGUUUAAGGACACCUCCAUCAUCCUCUUCCUGAACAAGAAGGACCUCUUUGAAAGCAAGAUCAACAAGUCACCACUGUCCAUCUGCUUCCCUGAAUACACUGGUCAGGACACUUACUUGGAGGGAAUAGCCUACAUUAAGUCUCAGUACGAGAGCAAAAACAAGUCAACCAACAAAGAGGUCUACUCCCACGUGACCUGCGCUACAGACACCAACAACAUCCAGUUUGUCUUUGAUGCUGUCACUGAUGUCAUCAUAGCGAAUAACCUGCGGGGCUGUGGCCUUUACUGAUGAUGCUGUUAAAUGUUAGGCAGUGGAUAAUGGGUGUUUGACUUGUAUUUACCUGCGUAGUUACCACAUGGGUAAAUACAUGUGGUACCUAUGUGGUAUGUACUACAUAGGUUGUGUGGUAUAUGCCACUUUGGUUGUGUGGCCCAUGUCAGUGAUGUCAUCAUGUGACAGCCAGUCAAAAAACAAGGUGUGAGUUGUGUUCAUGAUGUCCUCAUUCUGCUUAACCAUAAGGCUGACCAUCGGUCCAACUUGACUCUUAAUUAAUGAAUUGAAUGGUUGGUUGAGACUUCUUUUAAUCUAUUUGUCUUUUUUAAUUUCCCAUGUCAGUUCCUAAAGAAGAACCAGUGGCGCAUUCGAUUAACACUGUGCUUUGUGUGUUUAAUUGUACAUAAACUACAAAUCUGUUGCUGGUGUUCUGCAAAAAUUUUGCAAAAUACCCAAGGUUAACUCUUCACGGAUAAAACUUAUUCAGACAUAUAGGAGUACCUUACUCAGAACUAGACAGAAUGCAGUUUAAGUGCACCCCUCUUAGAGAUCCAGGAGUAGUCCUCAAAAAUUAUAGUGGGAAUCACUCUUCUAGAUUGAGAUUUGAGUUGUCAUUCUUGUAUGCCAUAGAUGUGUGCCUUAGUUACAUGAAGGACCAAUGUGAAACGGCUUUAAACUAUGUCAUUCAGCAAGUCCUAAUCAGGGUGAAGUUCAGUUGACUCCCAGUUUAGUUCAGAAAGACGUUUUUCAGACUUUACUAUGUAUAUGACACAUUGAACUGUUUAAAAGAUUGCAUCCAGCCUACCAAGAACAGAUUACAAAAAACUGCUGAAUCAUCAGAAAAAAUUGCAUGUCAUUAGACACCCUGCUCUUGUGGUUAAGGCAAAUACUACUGUGUAUAACCAAAACGUUCCUAUUUUGAUUCCAGCUUGGAACUUUUGUUACUUGUCAUACCCCCCUCUCUUUCUCCCUGCGUUUCUGCCAAAAAAAAUUUCUGGCGCCGUGUUGUGAUAUUCUUUUUGUUCAUUGAUGAAGAUCCUUCGCUGUAUGUGGUACAUUGCAUAGUGUCAGACUGUUGCACCUAGCCAUACUAUGGAGCUCUACAAUGGCUAAUCUUAAAUAAAUAAAUAAAUGCAUACAUAAAGAUAUUAUGAACUAAAUCAUAAUAGAUAAACAGAAAAAAAAUCAAUCGACUAAUCAUUGUUAAGUUAUUUAUAGAUUAAAAUCUCAUUCGUUAUAAUGAACGUAAUUAUGUAUUUUCACAGUAUCUCUUUUAUUGAAGUUAAUAUUUAUUUCAUAGAAGUUUCUGAGCCUGCCAAGAGGUUGGGGUCAUGCGAUUGGCUGAUGAGUGAGAAUAGGGGAAUAGUAACUGUGACACUGUUGUGAUAUGUUACAUUAUAAAAACAAGUUUAGUUUAGAAGAAAGUCCCUUAAUGUCUCCCUGAAAUGAAAAGAAACUUUUUUAAAAGUUCAUUUUCAAGAAUG